UAAUGAAUAAUCAUUAUGAACCAUAUGUCAGAAAUAAGAGAGAUUUAAAAGUGCCAUACAUAUCAUGCCAAGAUUAUACUAAUUUAGAAUAAGCAUCUAAAUUAAUACCUGCUUUGAAACAAAUUAAUCAAGCAAAUAGAAAUUUAGCUGAUACAGAGGCAUAUGCUUAUAUACUUCGUAGUAAUAAUGAUGAUGAUAUUCACAAGGUAAAUGAUUCAUAAAUUAUAUAUUUUUAGUCAAUAAAAUACGGUAUCUGGACAUCAAGUAAAGAAAAUAAUGAGAAACUUAAUGCUAAAUUCUUGGAAGCAUAAGAAUAAGGAAAAACAGUUUACUUGUUUUUCAGCGUUGUAAGAAGUGGAUAAUUUGUGGGAGUUGCCAAAUUAACAUCAGGAUAUAAGGAUGAAAGUUUCCAGUAUUGGUGGGAAAUCAAGAAAUGGAAGGGUCAUUUCAAUGUCUAAUGGCUAUAUGUAAAGGAUGUACCUAACAAACAUUUUGAGCAUUUGAAAAAUAGGUAAUUAAUUAGAAUUAAUUAUUAGUGAUAAUGUAGAAGUAACUCGAUCAAGAGAUGGAGUGUUUUUGAAUUGGGAAACAGGAAAAGAAAUGAUGAAAAUCUUUGAGGAGUUUGCAGAUAAAAAGAGUAUCCUAAAUGAUUUUACAGUAAUUGAUGAAAGAGAAUAAGCAUUGAGACAAUACAAAUAUUAGAUGCAAUAAUAACGAAAUCAACAAUAAUACUAUCCUUAUUAUCAAUAUCAAUAUUAUGAUUACCAACAAUAUCAACAGUACCCAUAAUAUCAACAGUAUCAAAACUAUUAAUGGUAAUAACCACAGAAAUGAU